AAAAAAAAAGCCCCUCAACAAACCAUAAUCUAGAAUUCAACUUCUCAAGGCCUGCCUUUGAAUAUGACCUCCUUUUUAAGGGCUCCUCUUCCCUUUCAGUUCUGAUUCCCGACCAGCCUACCAUUUCGUUUUCUAAAAACCUCCCACUUUUUUUUCCCUUCGUCAUCAUCCUCUUCUUCUUUCUCAAGCAAAAAAUCUUCCACCUUCCAAAGCAGCAUUGCAGCUUGGCUCAACUGAAAAUGGGAAGGCAUUCUUGCUGUUAUAAGCAGAAGCUAAGGAAAGGACUUUGGUCUCCUGAAGAAGAUGAAAAAUUGAUCAAACACAUAACUAAAUACGGCCAUGGUUGUUGGAGUUCAGUCCCUAAACUUGCAGGACUUCAGAGAUGUGGGAAGAGUUGCAGGUUAAGAUGGAUCAAUUACUUAAGGCCAGACUUGAAAAGAGGGACAUUCUCUGUUGAAGAAGAGAACUUGAUCAUUGAAUUGCAUGCAGUUCUGGGAAACAGAUGGUCCCAGAUAGCAGCAAAACUACCUGGUAGAACUGAUAAUGAAAUCAAGAAUCUAUGGAACUCUUCAAUCAAGAAAAAGCUUAGGCAAAGAGGGAUUGACCCAAACACUCAUCAGCCUUUAUCUGAGGUUGAGACUGAAGAAAAAGGAUCAGCAGCAUCAAACAACAGCAGCAAGAAGAAUGAGAAAGCAUCUGAAGGAUCCUCAAGUGAGUUGAAUUAUGUUGAGGCUUCUGUUUCUGAUCAUCAUCAUCAUCAUCAUCAACAACAACAGAGUAGUGAACAGAGCAAUAAAUUAGCUGUACUUGAGAAGCCUAAUAAUCCAUCUUCCUUAAUUCCACUAAUGGAAACCACAACAACAGCAGCAACAACAACUCAUGAAUUCUUCCUGAAUAGGUUCCUUUCCAGCCAUGACAGCUCCAGCACUAGUCCUAAGCCUCCACCUGAUUUGCAGGACUAUUUCUCUUUUCAACAACAACUGAAUUACGGGUUGACGAAUAUCGGGUUAUCCGUGAACAAUCCUAACUCUGCAGCAACCUCAUCCUUCUUCCACCCGAAUUCCAGGUCAUCUGAAAUGGUUCCUGACUUCAAUUCCGCCGUUUCGGCCGCAGCCCGGAUAAAGCCAUCUAUUAGUCUUCCUUCAGAGAGUUCAUUGAGCCCUUUUAAUGUCAACAAGUUUCAGAGUUGGGACAAUUGCAGCACCAGCAAUGCAAGUAGCAGUACUGGUACAAUUGAGUUACAGAGCAAUUGUUCAUUCUUUGACAGCAAUAACAAUAAUAGCUUCUCAUGGGCUGCUGCUGCUGCUGCUGCUGGGGUAAAAGCAGAGAAAAAUGUCCAUAUUCAUCAUCAAUCAUCAAUAAGCGAUACUGAAGAUAUCAAGUGGUCUGAAUAUCUUCAGGCCCCAUUUUUACUUGGGAAUAAUUCUGCAACAACGCUUCAGAGUCAUCAAGAUAUUUACAGUGAGACAAAGUCAUCAUCAUCCGGGAUGAAUUUUACCCUGCCAGAAACUUCACUGAAUGGUGGAAGUAACUGGCUUCAACAGAAUCAACAGCAACCGACAAUUCAAGUUUCAGCUGCAGCAGAACUAUAUAAUAAGCAUUUUCAAAGACUUCCUGCUGCUUUUGGUCAAUAUUCUUAGUUUCAUUUCAUCCAGAAAAAAGGAAAAAAGGAGUCAUUUUUACUGAUUAAAAAAAAAAUCAACAGGUGUGUGUUAUUCUGUAGAUUUCCAUCCCAAUUCCCCAAAAUCCCAAUUCUUAUUCUGUACAUAGGUCUUCCUCCUAUACAACAAAUUCACAGGAAAGAACAAAAGUUGUGCACUGUUCAUUUUUCUGUGGAAUGAUUCUCUUUUACUAUUUAUUUCUUUUCUUCAAUUUUUCUACCCAAAACCCUCUCUGUUUUUUCUGUGCUUUUUAUUUCAUUUGCAAGUUUGAAGAAUCAUCACAGGUUGUAAUUUCAUCUUUUUUCAAUAAUAAUAUUGUCUGUUGAGCUAGCCAUCAAAAAGGGUUCUAUUUUUUCCUUUUCAGGUUUUACCGUUGUAGUAAUAAUCCUUUAGCAUUCUGCUAUUCAUCAUUAAGAACAACAGGGGAUU